AUGAAACUCGCGCAUCGCCCUGUAGUGGAAGAGUGGAAGUUAACCAUGACUAACAAUCACAAUAAUUCCGAAAAGACGUUACCACCAGCGCCGCCAGUGCAAUGUCCAGAAAACGAUUCGUUUUCGGAAAAUCCCGCUGCAGAAAAUCGAAUUUUCCGCGGAAGAAAAUGCAGAAGAAGGUUGUUUUCCGGGCAGAGUGAUGAAGUUGAAGAUGAAAUCGCUGUGCAGCGAAUUGUGAACAGUUUGCGCGAGGAAUGCAAGACAAAGUGGAAUUUCGAUUUCGAAACCGAAACUCCUUUGGAGGGCGAUUGGAAGUGGGAAAAAGUGUAAUAAUUUAUUUUUAUUUAUUUACCGGCGUGUGCAAGAUAAUUAAAAUGAUUCUCAACUAGCAAAUCUAUUGUUAACGUGUCCAACUUUUAAUUUAGAGUAGGUAAAAAAGAUUCUACCCAUUUAAUAAGAUUUAUGAAGAAACGAGAAUACUAAUUACCCAGUCAAGAUUACGUUGGAUGUUAUAGCACAUAAGUAGGGCAAUUAAAUGCAAUACAAAAUGAUGUUAAUUAUCGCAUAUUAAACAAUUUUGCACAGUGUAAAAAUUUAAUAAUAACAUGUUAUGUUCGAGUAGUUUGUUAGUUGAGAAAAAUUCUUAAUUUUCCUAUAUUUACUCAAUUUAAAUCGACUUAAUUAUAAUAAACCUUGUAUCUUGUUUAGCAAAUAUUUAAUUUUGUUAUAUUUAUUUAUUUUACAUUAUAUUUACCCAGA